AAAGCAAUUAAAAUAAAAAAAAAAUUAAAAAAAGAAAAAAAAAAUUAACAAUAGCGUAAAUACAAAAAAAAAAAAACAUAAAAAAUGGAAGAUCAAAACGAAAAUAUACCAGAUGAAUAAAAACAAGAAGAUUAAUCGUAAAAUUAGCCAUUAUAAUAAGAACAAUAAAUUUUAAAUGAUGAAGAUAGACCAUUGAAAAGUCAAAAAUUUGAAAUUCCAGAAUUUCCAGAAGGUUAGGAACUCCCAUAAACUGAUUAAAUACAAAAAAAAAUACCCACAAAACCCGUAUUAAAAAAAAAGCCUUAAACAACAACCAAAAAGCAAGCACAAGAGCGGCCCAUAGACCCUGAAAAAGUAAUAAAUUUAGACGAAAUUCCAGUUGGGGGUGGAGCAAACAAAACCAAUUAAUUUUUAGAUGAAUACCCACCAGGGUAUGUUAAUCCAUUAGAUGAAAAACCUGUAGGGUUAGGUGGAUAAAAUACGGGAAACAUGUUAAGUGAAUACCCUGAAGGGAUGGACCCAUCAUAAAUUUAAUAAGUAGAAUAAAAAGAUGAAGGGCCAUUAUAAAAAAGAAUCCAAAGUAAAAUUGUAAAAACAAGGAUGAACGCAUUUUAAGAAUUAGCGAAAACAUUAGAAGAAAAUAAAAACGAUUCAAGCCUUUUUAAUGAAUAUGAAAGUGAAUGGGAUAAGAAAUUAAAUGAUAUAAACCCUGGAGUAUAGGAAUAGGUUUGUUUAGCAUUAAAAAAUUGGAUUAUUUUUCACCCUAAUUAGAGGAAUUUCAAAAUAAUGGAUUGUGUGUAAAUUUUAAGAAGUUUAAUAGAGAAAGUUUUAGGAAGUUAAAAACCAUAAACUUAAGGAAUUUCAAAAGAAUUAUUAUGUUUAUUAUAUGAAAAAUGUAAUGAUUAGAAUGAAUUUUAUGAAUGUUUAAAUAAUUGUUGUAAUAAUAAAAACCCAAAAGUGGCUGUUUCGGCUAUUUAAGCAAUUAUUGAAUUGUUAAAUAAUUAUGGGGCUAAAAAGUUAGAUUAUAUGAAACCUUUUUUCCCGGAAAUUGAAAAAUAAAGUCUCUCUACUAAUAGUACAAUAAGAAACGAAUGUAUGAAUUUUUAUAAAAAUUGUAUGAAGUGGCUAGGGGAAACUAUAGUUAAUAAUUAUACGAAAAAUCUCAAAAAACUUUAAUUAGAUGAAUUAGCUAAAUUUUAUACAGAAUGGGAUAAAACUCCUAUGGUACCUAUUAGGGCUUCUGAAGAAGAGAAAUAAUAAGCAUAAAAUAAAUAAGAAUAAGGUGGUAAUUAGGAUGUUGAUUUAUAUGAAAUAGCGGAUGCAGUAGAUAUUUUUAAUAAAUAUAAUGAAAAAUGGUGCGAUAAAGUAUUAGGUUUGACUAAAUGGUAAGAGAAGAAAGAAAUGCUAGAUGAAAUUAUUGGAGCAGCGAGUUAACCGAAAUGUACUGGUAUUGGAUUUUAACCUGUUGUUAGUAUGAUAAAAAGGCUUUUAGGGGAUAGCAAUUCUAAUGUGCAGAUUUGUGCGAUUAAAUUAUCAGGAUAUUUAUGUAAAAGUGUUAGAAAAAGUUUUUAAGGGGCAGCAAAGUAACUUUUUGUAUAAGUUAUGGGGAAAUUUAGAGAUAAAAAAACUCUAAUUAUUGAAGAAACGAAAGUUGCAAUUGAAAAUUUUUGGUUUGCUAUUUCUUUAGAAGAUGUAAUUGAGGAGAUAAAAGAAGGUUUGUAAGAUAAAGCACCUCCUAUGAAAAUGCAAACUAUGAUUGUGGUAGACAAAUAUUUAGAAUGUAGGUUAUAGUUAAUUAAGGGUAGAUAAUCAUUCAAAAGCGUAUGCUUGCCUGUUUUUAAAAAAUUGUUUGACGAUUCAAAUUAAGAAGUAAGAGAAUAGGCUUUAAAAUUAAUAGGAAAAUUCAAUAAAUUUAAAGAUUUUUUUAAUAACGAGGAAAUAAAUAAUCUUACUUCUGGAUUAAAUGAUUAAAAGAAAUAAAAAAUCCAGUAAGGUACUAUUGAAAGUUAAGAAAGUAAUACCAGUAAUAAUUAAUCAACUUUAAAAACACUAAAUAAAACUGCUGUUACAGCUUCAACAGUAAAACUUAUUAAGCCUCAAGAUUUAGAAGAACCAUCAAGUUAAUAAUAAUAAUAAUCAUAAAUUUAAAUAGUUUAAAAAAAACAAGAUAAUAAUAAUACAUAAAAUAUCAUUCCUUAAGAAAUUUACGAAGAUUUAUCUACUUAAAUUCCAUCUUAUGAAGAAUCUGAGUAAAAUUUAAGAGAUUUAGGAUUAAAUGAAGGAGUAUUUACAGCUUUAAAUGGGAAUAAAAUUCCUGAAAAGACAGAUGCAUUUUAAAAUUUAUAUUCAAAUAAUGAUUUUUUUAAUAAUAAUUUAUUAUAAAUUCUAGUUUAUUUAGAUAAGAAUUUAUUUAAAUCAAGUAUUUUGACAAUCUAAAAGGAAAUUUUAUCUUUAUUAGAAUAAGCUGUAUAGUAAGGAAAUUACACAAAAUAAUGCUUUUUUGUAAUUUCUGAUUUUAUAAUAAGAUAUAUAGGAGAAACUAAAUUUAACCCACAAAUAGUAUUUCUUAUAGAAAAAUCAUGUGAAAAAAUACUACCUAAAUAUGUUUUAUAAAGAUUAAUAAGACUACUAACUGUGGAUUCGAAAAAAUCACCUCCACCGAAAGCCACUUAAGAACUAUGUAGUGUUAUAUGCAAAAUUAUAGAUGGAGCAAGUUUGAAGUAUGUACCUUUAGGCGAUAUUUUAGUAUUUGGUAAGGAAAAUAUAAAAAAUACUAAUAUAAAUAUUAAAACUGGGGGGUAGGAGAUUCUUAAGAAAUUAUAUGUACAUAUGGGAAAUGAUGCCUUGAUGAAUUAACUUAAAGAUAUUCCUCCAAAUAUUAUAGGAACUUUAUAAAAGGAAUGUAUUAAGCUUACUGUUUUAUCAGAUUUUGAGAAAAAUUAAAUUUAAAUGCAAUUAUAAGGAAUUAAAAAAGAUUUUGUUAAAAAUAAUAAUGAUUAAUAAUAAUAGUAAUCCUAAAUGUCAAAAAAUGAUAUAUAAAAAGAAGUAGAAAAACUUUAUAAAAAAUUAAAAGAUCCUUAAUGGAAUACGAGAAAAGAAGGUUUAGAACAACUUGAGAAAUUAAUUAAUAAAAAUAAUAAUAAAAUACAAUUAAAUGGACUCUAAGAACUUAUUAAUAUUUUAAAAGAUAGACUCUAGGAAUCUAAUAAAGGUUUAUAACGUCAGGCGAUUACUUUCGUAGGAAAAUUCGCUGAGGCAGUUGGAAAAGAUAUAAAAAUUAAUUCAAAGCCUUUAAUAGGGCAAUUGAUAUCAAAUCUAAGUAAUAAAGAACCUUUGACUAGAAAAGAAGUUAUUAUGGCAUUAGAUAAAUUCGGUAGAGUAUGUGGUAAUGAUAUGGUAAUUAAUACUAUGGUAAAUUAUUUAAAUGAGGAUAAUUAAGAAUAGAGAAGUGGAAUUAUUGAAUGGAUACUUAAAUAUCCUGAAGAUUUUAAAAAUGCGGAAUUAAAUAGCUUUGUGUAGCCAAUAUUAUUAUGUUUAUCAGAUAGGAAUAAGGAUGUAAGAAAUCUUAGUGAAUAAUUAUUGGAAAAAACAAUAAGUAUUAUAUCAGUAAACCCGUUUUUGAGUUAAAUUAAAGAUAUGAAAUAAGCUGUUAUUUAAACUAUUUAGCCAGUACUUGAUAAAUAUAUUUAAUAAGAAGAUCAUUCAAUUGAUUCUUAAUAAAAAGGACAAAAUAAAUUAAAUAAUAAAUAACAAUAAUAAUAACAAUAAUAAUAAUAAUAAUAAUAAAGUAAAUAUGGAAAUCAAAAAUUAAAUCCAAAUCUUUAAUAAACAUUUGUUCCUCAUAAAAAUGUAUCUUUAUCUAGAAAUUCUACUUAAAGUAAUUUAAAAGCAGAUGAACAAGAUAAAACACCAUAAAAAUAUAAAAAUUAAGCAAAAAUAAAUAAUUAUAUUAAUAACAAUAAUAAUAAUAAAGAUAAUAAUAAUAAUAAUAAUAAUAAUAAUAAUAAUAAUAAUAAUAAUAAUAAUAAUUUAGAUUAGAUGCCUAUUACAACUUCUUUUAUAUAAAAUAAUAAUAGUAUUACUAAUACAGAUGAUAAUAAUGAAUAAUAAUAUAAAUAAUAAUCUAUUACAAAUGGAUAUAAUAUUAAAAAUUAAACACUUUCUUUAAUUGAUCCAAAUUGUAAACCUGUUUUUGAUUCACAUAUGAUUUUCCCUUUAUCUACUUCUAUAUCUUUUUUAAAAUAAAAAAGAUUAUUAAGUCAAUAUUCUUUAAAAUACAACAUUUAAAAUCCUUCACAGGAUUCUUUUAUGUUCACAGAAAAUGAAAUCCGUGUUUUCUUUCCAACCCAUAUAUCAUCGUUAAUGCUUUCUUUUGAUUAUAGAAACAUAAUAUAAGUUUCUUAAUAAAUAACAGCUGCAUGCAUAGACCAAAUAUAGCAAGUAAGUCUCAAAGAUCUAAGUGACUUACUAUUCUAAUGGUGUUUUAUGAGAAUCUGGGGAACUUUUAACUCAUAAGUAGUAUUAAGUAUACUUGAUAUGGUAAGAGGAGUACUCUAGGCUCUUAUUCAAUAAGGAGGAAAUUUAAGUGAUUUAGAAAUUGGGCUUGUUAAUGCAUGUGUAAGAGAAGCUUUGAUAAAUUUGUAAGAAAACGGAAGCGUAUUCUAAUAAAUGUAUAUGAUAAUAAAAAACUAAAAUAGUUUAAUAUAAAACAACGAUAAAAUCAUUCAUUUUUGGGUAAAUUAAAUUACAUUAAAUAUUUAAGAAAUUCACAAAAUGUAUUUUAUUUCAGGAACUAUUAAUCAGUGUAAUUUAUAAAAUGAGUUUUAAAUAAAACUUUUUAAACUUUUUUAAACUUCGUUAGUGAAUGAUCUUAAUAAUAACUCAUUAGAAUAUUUAAGUACUUUAUAAGAAGUUAAUUCUUCUCAUUUAUAUAUUAAUUUAUUUUUGUAAACUUUCGGUAAAGAAAAAUUAAUAAAAACCGGUUUUAAAGAAAAUACACUUGAUUUUAUUUCAAUGUCUAAAAAUAAUAAUAAUACUAAUAAUAUUGGAAAUAACAAUAUUAAUAAUAAUUAAAUUAAUAAAAUUAAUAGUAAUAAUAAUAAUAAUAAUAAUAAUAAUAAUAAUAAUAAUAAUAAUAAUAAUAAUAAUUUAAACGUUUUAUAUAAUAUUAAUUCUAAUCCUAUUAAUAACAUCGUUUAAAAUACUACAAAUAAUGCUAAUAAUUAAUUAAAUUAAUAGCCUUCUUAAUUAAAUUUAGUUUAACAUAAUGCUAAAGCUUAAUAAUAAAUAUUGUAAUAGCCUAUUGCUAAAGAUUUAAGCCCUGAAGAACAAUUACAAAGUUAAUUAAAAUAAUUAAAAAAUGAAUCUUAUAGUAAUGAUAAAGUAGAUAUUUUAAUAUAUUUGAAUAAUUUAAUAUAAGAAGGAUAAAAUAUUAGCUUAUUAGAAAAUAAUAAAAUUGAAAUAGUGGAUAUGAUAAUAUUAUAAUUAAGAUUUUGUUUAGAUAAUAAAAAAACUGUUAGUUAAUAAUAUUUACAGUAUUUUUUAAAUGUUAUGUAUAAAAUGUUUAAUAUUAAAAGUUUUGCAAAAAAAUGUGAUUAUUAAUAACUUAAAAUAUUCACUGAAGAAAUCUUAUAAAGACUUUUAUAUGAAGAUGAGAAUUAAAAUAAAGAAGAAAAUAAUACUAAUAAUUAAGUUCCGGCUUCUACUAUUAUAAAACUUAUAAAUUCCACUAUGUUAAGGAUUCUUGAAAAUUCUAAUCCGGAAGAUAUAUAUAAAAUAUUAUUAGAGUUACUCAUUAAAUAUAGAAAGUAAUAUAAUUAUGCUAAAAUACUUGGGUUAAUAAUUAAAUGUAUACUUAAAGUUACUAAAGGAUUACAAGAUUUUAUUAAUUUAAUUAAUUUAUGUGAAUUAAUAACUUAUUUUCAUAUGUAUAUCACAGAGUUUUUAGUACCUAAUCCAUAACUUAGUGAUGAUAUUGGUGUUAAAACUAUAAAAACUAUUAUAAAAGAAAUUUGUAAAAUUAAAGGAGAAAAUAUUUGGUAACCAUAUAAUUAAUCUAUUUAAAAUGAACUAUAUUCUUAAGAUUAAUAUAUAGGAGAAUGGAUUUCUAUUGUUCUUAAACCGAAUUCAAAUAAUAGUGCUGUUUUGUCGGUAAGGGAAUAAAUGAUAGAUAAAAAGAUAUCUUCUCAUAAUCUUUAAAAUAAUUAAUAAGACUCAUUAAUUGAUUUUUAGAUUAAAAAAUGUUUAGAUUCUAUUAAAUAAAAUGAAAAUUUAGAUAAUGGAAUUUCAUAACUUUAUUAUAUUUUAUAAAAGAAUAAAAGUAUUUUUUAUAUUUAUAAUUUAAUUUAUUUUAUAUUUUUUAUAGAUAUAAAUAUUUAAAAUUAUUUAUCUGAUAAUAAUAAAGGAUUUGAUGAAUUUAUAAUAAAUAGCUUACAAAAAUAUGAAUAAGAAGAAUAAUAAAAAAUAAAUAAUCGUAAUUAUAUUAAUAAUUUAAAAUGA